AUGCUGCCUAGGGCAGUCCGAUCGAAGUGCUGGCGCCCAGCGCUGUACGCACAUCCGCGCACCGCCGGUCGUUUUUCCAGCACGAGACCAAUUCCCACACAACUACGCACGUUUAGCUUAAAGCCUAUCCUCCGGAACCAAUCUACAAACAAUAAAGACAGCAUAUCCAAGAACGAUGCUGCCGCAACUACCCCGCCUUCGCAACCGGAAAUCGCAAAUGCCUCUGUGGUUCCGCAGCUGGAGGCCGAGGCCAAGGUCCAGGUCCCUAAGAAGGAUCUCGCCAAGCAGGAAUUGCUUAAUGAAGGAGCAAUUGCAAACAAGGACCAGCGAAAAGCGGACUGGGCCAUUAUGCGGGAAAUGGCUAAAUACCUCUGGCCUAAGGAUGAUUUGGGCACAAAGCUUCGGGUUGGAACAGCUUUGUCUUUGUUGGUGGGAUCAAAGAUCCUUAAUGUCGAGGUCCCUUUUUACUUCAAAAGUAUUGUUGAUUCCAUGAAUGUGGACUUUGCUACUCUCGGAGGAACCGCCUAUACAGUUGCAGGGUCGAUGAUUAUAGCAUACGGAGUAACUCGAAUCGGAGCAACACUCUUCCAAGAACUUCGAAACGCAGUAUUUGCGAGUGUCGCACAGAAGGCCAUUCGCAAAGUUGCACGCAAUGUAUUCGAUCAUCUUCUGCGGCUCGAUCUCAACUUUCACCUAUCGCGUCAGACUGGUGGACUAACCCGGGCUAUCGAUCGCGGUACAAAGGGUAUCAGCUUCUUGUUGACUUCUAUGGUCUUCCACGUGGUGCCCACUGCGCUAGAAAUUUCUUUGGUGUGCGGAAUCUUGACUUAUCAAUAUGGCUGGAAAUUUGCGGCGAUCACUACCACCACUAUGGUCGCUUACACGGCAUUCACCAUCACCACUACCGCAUGGCGUACCAAGUUCCGUCGUCAGGCCAAUGCGGCUGACAACCGCGGAGCUACGGUGGCAGUCGACUCGCUUAUCAACUAUGAGGCCGUGAAGUACUUCAACAAUGAGAAGUUCGAGGUGGCCCGAUACGAUAAGGCUCUGAAGCACUACGAGGAUUCAUCCAUUAAAGUGACCACCUCUUUGGCCCUCCUGAACUCCGGCCAAAACAUGAUCUUCUCGACAGCCCUGGCAGCUAUGAUGUACCUGGCAGCCGAUGGGGUUGCCACAGGUGCCCUGUCAGUCGGUGAUCUCGUCAUGGUGAACCAAUUGGUCUUCCAACUCUCCGUGCCCCUGAACUUCCUCGGAUCCGUCUACCGCGAACUGCGCCAGUCUCUGCUGGAUAUGGAGACGCUGUUCAACCUACAAAAGGUCAACGUGACGAUCCAAGAGCGGCCGAAUGCCAAACCGCUAGAGCUGAAGCGCGGCGGAGAGAUUCGUUUCGAGAACGUCACAUUCGGCUACCACCCCGACCGCCCGAUCCUGAAGAAUGCCAGCUUCACCAUCCCGGCCGGAUCGAAGUUUGCCAUCGUCGGCCCCAGCGGCUGCGGCAAGUCAACGAUCCUCCGCCUCCUGUUCCGCUUCUACGAUACCCAAUCGGGCCGGAUCCUGAUCGACGGGCAGGAUGUGCGGGAUGUGACACUCGAGAGCCUCCGGAAGGCGAUCGGUGUCGUACCACAGGACACGCCACUCUUUAACGAUACGAUCGCGCACAACAUUCGCUACGGCCGGAUCGAUGCAACGGAUGAAGAGGUGAAGGCGGCCGCUGAGCGUGCCCGAAUUCACCAGCUGAUCGAGGGAUUGCCCGAAGGCUACCAGACUGCGGUCGGAGAGCGUGGAAUGAUGAUCUCGGGCGGCGAGAAGCAGCGACUGGCGAUUUCUCGAUUAAUUCUAAAGGACCCGCAACUUCUGUUCUUUGAUGAGGCUACUUCUGCCCUUGACACCUACACGGAACAGGCCUUGCUUCAGAACAUCAAUAGUAUUUUGAAGGAUAAGAGUCGCACGAGUGUGUUUGUGGCGCACCGUCUGCGUACCAUCUGUGAUAGCGACCAGAUUUUGGUGCUGAAGGAUGGCGAGGUCGCGGAGACGGGAUCACACCGGGAGCUCCUGGAGCUGGACGGGGUUUAUGCGGAAUUAUGGAAUGUGCAAGAGCGCACACUGCAGGAUGAAACCGAGGAGCCAAUUACGCCACAGCAACCAUAG